GUUUCAGUCGAGUUUGGGGUCUCAGCGGCGACACACGAUCGCCACGACGCUACGACCAGAGCUGCCACAUACCGCCAGUGACGAUGACUAAUCCCCAGAUGAACCUCAGCGCUGCCAUUGUCGGCUGCCUGUGUUUGUGCCUGUGCCUCGGCCAGCUGCAGGCAGCGGCCAUUCUCUGUGGGUCGGAGGCCAAGUCUCUGGAGGAUUCGGAUUCGUAUUCGGAUUCGGGAACGACCCCAAAGCCCCCCAGCGAGGUCACAAAGUUCGUGCACAGCGUUCAGUGCACCUUGGAGAAGGCCAAGCCCUGGAUCGAGAACAUCGAGAAGGAGGCCAAGCUGCUGGAGGAGAAGGCCAGGGAUGUGACACGCUCGCUCCUCCAAAGGAUCACGCUCUUUGUCAAUGUCCUCACGCUGCCCAAGCCGCCCAAGGAUAACACCCAGAUGGACAAAGACCAGGACACCGAGAAGGACGGCAGCUCCACAAUCAGAUCCACCACUGAGGGAGUCACUUCCCCGAGCACUGGGCAAACCGAGGAAGCCACCACGACACCAGCUCCUCCCACACCCGCAAAUAUCGAGUGGCUGGGAGACGAUGCCAACGAGGUCGACAACGAGGUUCUUCACGGUAUGAAGCAGUAGUUUCUAUACCUAUACUAUACCUACUAUAUAAAAUAUGCAUUGGUUAAUAAAUUAUAAAAGUAGAUUAA